CGCAAAUAUUUCUUACUAUUGAACACUCAUCGCUGUGUCUUUCUCUUCAGCAUCAAUUGUAAAGUCUGAUUAAUCUGUUCUGGAAGUAAAAAGGAAGUUUUAAAGAGCAGAAAUACUUUGUUGAAAUCUCAAGCGAUUUGGACAAAAAACCUGAAUUUGAAAAUUCCUCCAAAACACUGGAUCACGUGAAGCUAUUCUGCCGUUCCUAUUGGUCAGGAACGUAAGUUCGAUUCCAACAUGAAGUAUCCCCGAAAAACAACAAAAUAUUUCGAAAUCCAAAACAUGGCUGCCUCUGAUUUGAAAUGCGUCGCGAUUAUCGAAAAGGAUACAAAUCAUGAUGUUUUAUGGAGUUGGUCAUUCCCUGCUGUCGAUCCAGCAAUCAAAUCAUUGAUAUCCAAAAAAUGUUGUUUAAAGUCGGGUGAAAAUGACCACGAGACAAUUGUCCCUUUUCUGUAUGGUCAGCAUAACAGACUAUGGUAUUACCUAUUGACGACAAGUGUCAGAGAUGCACCAAGCUUACCAAAGGUUACCCAUUUCACUGUUGUUCUGGUAGCGAAGGACUUCAAUCCAGAAAGAUACGAAGGUCUGGGGCAAUCAUUUCAACAGAGUUACUUGGACACAGGGAGCCCAACGGACCUUCUUCAACAUUACCUCUCUGCUGUUACAAAAGGCUCUUUCGGAGCUGCUGAGGAUGAAAUAUUUGAUAUCAAUCAAUUUGUACCUGAAAAAGCUUUCUUAUCAUCUUCCAUUAACGAUGUGAUCAAUAUUUUCGGUGUUGAAACGAUUCUCAUAUACACGGCAGUUUUACUCAAAAAGAAAGUGGCGUUUUAUAGUCCACGCGUUGAAACUUUGUUGAAUAUAACAAGAGCAAUUCCACAGCUCGUUUGGCAUCGUCAGAAUUGGAAUAUUUUGUUUCCAUUGAUCGAUUCAAACGACGAUGAAGAUGUUCAAAAUUUGACCUCGACAAGCUAUUAUGUCGCCGGUUUUACGGAUGCAUCCGUGGAAAAUCUCAACGAACUUUACGAUAUCUUCGCAAACAUUUCUGACGGCGAAGUUUCCAUUGCCCCUCACGCGAAAGAAACAUUUCAAAUGGGUAAAGUCCACAAAGAUAUAGCGAUGUUUAUGGUGAAUAAUGCAAAAGACGAUGGCAAAAGCGAUGGACAGUUAGUCGCUGAGUUAUCUGAGAAGACUAAAAGCUUGAUCAAUAAUCUCAAAGGUCUCGCCGUUGCGAAUGAAGACAAUACUCGUCAAAUCAUAAAACUGGAAACUUUGAAAGAACGAAAAUUAACAUCAGCCAUGGAGAACUUCUUGUAUAAUCUAGCUGCAGCUGAGGGGAUGGUGUAGAAAAUAUAAAAGAUUAUCUUAAAUUUUCGAAAAUAUAUGAAUUGUGCAACAAAGUUUGGGUUAAAUGUCUGCCAAGGCCC